AUGUCGUACUACGACAUUGACGCGAUCCUCACGGACGCAGAGAAAAUACCCUGCGAGUUCAACUUCGAAAUUCCCGACCUGGGCCACCUCGACAACAGCCCCGGCCUCCCCCUAAAAGCCGGCGCCAAGCUGGCCCUGCCCCUGUGGCUCGCCGAGAUGCUCGCCCUCGCAAACACCUCCGGCGGCGGCGCCGCAGACGACGACGCCAAGUCCUUCGUGAACUUGUCUCUGCCGCGCGCCCUGUCCAGCGAGGUCGUCCAGGCCCUGAAGGCCGACCCGCGCGCCGUGCCGCUGCGCGACCAGAGCACACACUUCUACGGCCUCGCGACGCGCCUCAUGGACCUGUUCGAGGAGAGGGAGCUGGACGGCGUCCUGCGCAAGACCUUUGUCACGCGCGCCGCCGACCUUGCGCUGCAUGCCAGGAAGACGGGCGGGGCGAGCGGGAAGGAGGACGGGAGCAACCUCGGCGUUGGUGUUGACGGCGAGUUCCUCCGGGGCCUGGACGAGUGGGAGAGGGCCCUGCACCGCAAGGCGCACGACGGAACGAAACUGUCCAAGCAGUGGAUGGAGAACGUCAAGAAGCACUAA